AUGCCACCCAGCAGUCCCUACAGCUGCCUGGCGUACCUGCUGCUGCUGCUGCUGCUGCUCGGUAGCCUGAAGGCGACCCUCGCCUUUCCCAACUCCUCUCCGCUGCUGAGUCCCAGCUGGGGGAAUGGGGAUCGCCUGAUGCACCUCUACACAGAUACAGAGAGGAACAGCUUCCAUCUCCAAAUCAAUGCUGAUGGCUACGUUGAUGGUGUUCCUCACCAAACCACUUACAGUGCCCUAAUGAUCAAGUCUGAGGGUGCUGGCUCAGUGAUAAUCACAGGUGUGAAGAGUGGACGCUACCUAUGCAUGGACAUGAAAGGAAACAUUUUUGGUUCGCAUUACUUCAGUCAAGAGGACUGCGUGUUCAACCACAGGACGCUGGAAAAUGGAUAUGAUGUGUACCAAUCUCCCAAGCACAACUUCCUGGUUAGCUUAGGCAGAGUUAAACAAGCUUUCUUCCCUGGCAUGAAUCCACCACCAUACUCCCAGUUUUUGUCCAGGAGAAACGAAAUCCCUUUGUUUCGAUUCAACACACCUGAGCCCCACAGAAAUACUAGAAGUGCAGAUAUCGAUCCAAUGGAUCCUCACCAGAUCCUGGUCCCACAGAGAAAGAUCUCCGUGUUUGGAUCUCAGUUGCAGCAGCAAGCGGACUUUUCCCACAUGCCCAGAGAACCCGUGAGAAUCAACCAGAAUGACGUGGUUAACCCAGAUGACCCACACGCCAUGAUGGAUGCCAGGAGGUAUGCAAGUCCUCGCUUUUAUAUUACAAGAUAA